AUGCAUUACCCUCUACACAUAACGCUGCUCUGCACGAGUCUCUGGAUCCUUCAGGACGACGUGAACGCGGCGAAAAGCGGAAUAAGCGCCGAGGUGCUGACGUCGUUCGCCAAGAACGUCGCGUCGGUCCUAUCAACGACUUUGCUAGGCGAGUCCCAAGAUCCACCAACGAAUCAAUCCUCGAUCAACGUUCUGAAAGCAAGGAUCCAGGAAGCGAGAUCCUCCUCAGAGCAAGGCCACGUUCAGCCGCAGGGUUCACAGAUCUCGCCGAAGGCUCCGUUCAGUCGUUCCUCCCGGUUUACACGCGAGCCUGCUCCUUCGAACGAGGGAAAAGGGGCAUUCCAGGACGCUUACAUAACCAACACGCCUCUCUACGCCAAGUAUUACAAUUCCGAGUCGUACAGUCCGGUCGAAUUCACGUUGAACAGCAACUCGCAGGCUCGUCAUAAUCAGGUCAACGUUGGCGCACCUGAGAACGCGAACACCGGAGACAAUUCCAUCGACGCGGACAUCAAUGCAGCCUCCCUUCGCUAUUCCAAUCAGUACCGUCAUCCUCCCGAGCCUAUUCACCAGUUACCAAACUCCAAUCACUAUCCAGAAUUCGCCGGUCAAUCUCGUUAUCAACACCUCCAGCCUCGGACACUUGUUGCUUCCGAGCAAGCUUCGAUAGUCCAAGGGAUCAACGAAAAUAGGAACGAGAUUGGUCAGACCGCUAGGAUAACUCGCAGACCGUAUCAUAAUCUGCAGUACCAGGGUCCUUUCCAUUCACCGUACCAUUCGAGCUUUCACAGUCAUCCAGAGUUCUAUUAUCCUCGUGGAAGACCGAUCGAAGGAGAGGGACAACCGGUGACUCCAAGUUCUGGACAGGAGGAAAGUAAUCCAGGUAGACUGGUCGAAGACCAGAAUCAAGGGCAAACGGCGUUUGCUGGGUACGAUUAUGGUCCUCGUUUUCAUUACACGCCACCUUAUCACGGUGGUUUCUAUCACGGGUAUCCUGGAUUUCAUCCGCACCCCUACAAUGGUUCCUUUAAUUAUGGUAAUCCUGAACAAGGUGCAGGUAACGGUACAGGUGAGCCAGGACAGCAUGGUCCGCCAUUUUUCAAUGGUAACAGGUUUGGUCCUUAUGGACCUUAUGGACCUUAUGGACCUUAUGGUUAUCAACAGCCUUAUUACCCUAAUUAUUAUGGCGAUGGAAGACCUGUGCAACCUCAGAAUCCACCUGAGAAUCAGGGAAAUCCUGAGCAAGUAGUGACGCCGGAAAAUGGACAGGGUGAGGUUAAUGGCACUGGGAAUCGCGAUCCUUAUGGUUUCCCACAUGGUCCACACGGUCCACAUGGUCCUUAUUACGGAGGAUUUAAUUUUCCAGGGUAUCCUUUAGUUUUACCUUAUCAUCGUUUCGGUUACGGAUUUCACGAUAAUAUUUUCCCGAAAAUUAAAAGUGCUCCUUAUUUGAAUUUUUACCCCGGGGGUUACCAUAAUUUCCCUUUGGCUCCUUGGUACCCACACGGUGGUUUUUAUCCGUACAAUAAUCGACCGGUGGCGAUGCCUGAGAAACCCAUGCAGGUUGACAAGGUUACUAAUGAUAAUCCUGAGGCUGCUGGACCGCCUGCAAACGAAGCUGAAGUGCUGUCCGAGAGCAAAUCGGAGGCUUUUCGGUCCUCCGGAUUAAAUCAGCAGGGUGAAACUCUCUUUCCUGGGUUUGUUACCAAAGAAAGUAAGAAAGUAGCGCGCCAAAUGGCGAACCAAUUGGCUUGUUGCAACAAGUAG